CUAGGCUUGGUAAAGGCAGACGGGGAGGGGAAGGGAGGGGAAGCAACAGAGAGGCACAUCCACCUCAAACACUGAACAGAAAAAAAGUCUCAAACAGGGAAAGAGUGUUAAAGCAGGAGGAAAAAUGGGACAGGGACAGAAACGUUCCUCUGACAACAAACAGAGCCAGAAGAAUAGAGAUGCCAGCCCAGCACCAGAGGACGGUAAAAGGUGCAGAGUCUGUCGUUUCCCUCUGCUCGUCGCCCUGCUGCAGCUGCUGCUAGGAGUGGCUGUCACAGCCGUGGCCUUCCUCAUGUUGGCCAUCAGCUCCUCACUCAUAGCCCGGGAGACUUCUCACUGGGCUGGGAUCACUCUUUGUUUAGCUUCUGUCGUUGGGUUCGUCCUCUACUUCAUCACCUACCAGCCAGAUGAGAGAACAUCUAUGCAGUUUAUUGUCAAGCUGCUGUACUUUGUCCUGUGCACCAUCGGCCUGGUCAUCUCAUUGCUGGUUGUGGCGUUUGCUGGACACCACCAUUCCCAGGCCAGCAGCUUCAACUGCCAAAAUGCGGGAGUGGACUGUGUGUGUGUGCUGGAUCAAAGUGACCCGAUAGCCCGCACUUUUAACUACCAAGGGGCCGGCGAUUGCGAGGCGAUCACCAGCACACUGACCUUUUACUUCCUGCUCCAGAUCCUGCUGAACCUCGCCCAGGCGCUGGUCUGUGCCACCGGAGCCUUCAUCAUGUGGAAGGAUCGCUACCAAGUCUUCUUUGCCGGGAUACAGAUCCGAUCUCCCUCCACCCAGCAGUGGCAAAAAGUUUAACCCACUGAGAAUGACUAUGGUCAGUCAGAGUAAAACAAGAACCCUGAUUUUUAGAGUGUUAGACUCUCCAGAACAGGGCCUUUUUUGUGUGUAGUUAGUGUGUACUUCCUUUUAAAAAUCUGUUACAGACAGGUGACAAAUUAGAGGAAUAAUGUUGAAAUGUGAUACUGCCUCUGAACAGUGUGCAGGACCUUAAAAGUAAGAAAACCAGGAUAUUUUAUACACCUACUCCUCAUUGCAGCAAAAAAUCUAUUAAGUAUUCGCAGCCAACAGGGGAUAUGGUGUCACCUCAGCUGGUUGAGGUUACAUUAAUAUCAGAGUUUCAGUGUUGUAAUGAAAGUAAAGUAAGAUGACAAACAUCGAGGUUUAAAUAAAACACGUUAUUAUCCAACCAAGAGGAAGUUUGAUCUUUAGAGGAACCUUCCUUCCUAAAGGGAUGUUUGCUGGGAUUGCUUUUUUUGUUUCCUGCAAAAGUUCACCUAAUAGUUUCAGUAGAGAUCAUUAUUAUUAAGUUGAAAAAACAAAACAAAAAAAAACAACAACAAAAAAACAUAUUUUCAGCAAAUCAUUGAAUUUUAUGCUUCUAUGGACAGAGGCCGCUAUCCUGGAGGACACGUCUCACUUCCUAACAAAGUAUUGCAUCACCAGAUCAAGUUGAUUGACCAGAAAGAUUUUGUUCUGAGCUAUGCAGCCAUCUCCUGAUUUUCUCACUUUAUGAUAACAUUUUCCUUUAAUUUGUCAUGCAUCUGUAGUUAGAGAUAUUGUGGUGCUAGCGUUUUACACAAAACUUUAUACUUGCAGUUUCCAUUGUUGCCAAGUGUGGAUAUUAUGCAUCCAAACACAAAAUAUAUAUAUUUUUUAAAUAUUGUACAUUACUUUUGCUUUGUUUCUAAAUAUUUUUGAUAUAUUCCUGCUAUGUGCACAGACUACAAUCCCAGACACAUACCAGAAAGCAGUAUUUUUUUUUUUUUUUUUUUUUUGCUGAAAAUACUGAAAUUGUGCACAAUUUCUAUGGAUUCUUUGUAGCUGGGAUUUACUAAUCACAAUUAGUUGCCUCAGUGAUCCUUUUGCUCUGUACCUUUUUAUUUUCUAUAAAAGUGAUGGUUUAAUGCAUACAAUCUGAUUCUGCUUUAGUAUCGCAACUGAUAUUUUUAUUUAUACCUGCAGCACUUUGGGCGCCUUGUUUGUUAAAGUGCUUCAUAAAUAAACAUUGACUGACUGAUUCUUUGGUGCCAGCAUGAGCUGGGUUUAGAGUUUACCUUUUGCAAAGUUAUAAUUUUUAAAUUAUAUUAUUACAAGCUUUAAAAUAGGAUACUCCCAUAGUGAAAUGGUAAAAUAAAGCAUUAUCGAAGUUC